GAUAUGCUAUUUUAACAAAUCGUUGUCUCUCCGUAGCUGGAGAGGUUAUGAAUUGGGCAAAAUCUUUAAAAAACUAUUAUAUAAGUACAAAUUUGUGAAAAUCAAGUAACCCUUUAUGAAAGUACAGUGAUAUAAACAUAUUACAAAGUUAAACGCAGCAGUAACGUCAGUGUUGUGAUAAACAAGUUACAGUAAACAACAGACUGUCAGUGUCGCGCCACUGUUUUUGUGUUGAACUAGUUAAUCAUUCGUAAUGGCCGUGUCAGUGUCCACGAAAUUGUUGUCUUUGUGUAAAAAUAAGGCAAAUGUAAGAGCAUUGUCGACCACAAACUCAAAAUACGCAAAAGUAACAUUCAACUGGGAGGACCCGCUGAAUUUAGAUGGACAAUUACAUGACGACGAAAAGGCGAUAAGGGACUCGUUCAAAGCUUAUUGCAACGAGAAACUAUUGCCAAGAAUAAUCGAAGCGAACAGAAAUGAAGUCUUUGAUAGAACAAUUUAUAAGGAGCUCGGAGAACUGGGCGCACUUGGAUGCACGUUUAAAGGUUAUGGUUGUGCCGGCGUUUCGUAUGUUACCUAUGGGUUGAUGACAAGGGAACUGGAUGGAAUUGACUCAGCUUAUAGGUCUGCGAUGAGUGUGCAAAGCAGCUUAGCAAUGGGUUCAAUUUACUUAUAUGGAACCGAAGAACAGAAACAAAAGUACUUACCAAGGAUGGCUAAAGGAGAACUGGUAGGAUGUUUUGGUCUGACGGAGCCGAAUUUCGGCAGUGAUGCUGGCGGUCUAGUCACGAGAGCUAAGUAUGAUUCUAAAAAUAAAACCUACGUUCUAUCAGGCUCAAAGACAUGGAUUACCAACUCUCCGAUCGCAGACGUAUUGAUCAUUUGGGCUAAAGACGAGGAAGGUAAAGUUCGAGGUUACAUAGUUGAACGGUCGCAAGUCAAAAAGGGCCUGGAUACUCCUAAAAUCAAUGGCAAAUUUUCUUUGCGAGCGUCGCAAACGGGCAUGAUAUCGCUCGACGAAGUAGUAAUACCGGAGGAGAAUUUAUUGCCCAACGUAGUGGGCCUGAAGGGGCCCUUCGGAUGUCUCAAUAACGCUCGAUAUGGGAUCGCUUGGGGCGCUCUCGGUGCCGCUGAAACAUGUUUGCGGAUCGCCCGCCAGUACACAUUAGAUAGGAAACAAUUUGGAAGACCUCUUGCUGCCAACCAGAUAAUACAAAAGAAAAUGGCUGACAUGGUGACAGAGAUUGCCCUCGGUUUGCAAGGCUGUCUGAGAGUCGGUCGCCUGAUAGAUGAAAAUAAGGCAGCUCCUGAUAUGAUUUCGUUGUUGAAAAGGAAUAACUGUGGAAAAGCUUUGGAAAUAGCUAGAAAUGCGAGAGAUAUGCUUGGAGGUAAUGGAGUGUCUGAUGAGUAUCACAUUAUAAGACACGUAAUGAAUCUGGAGGCCGUCAACACUUAUGAAGGCACACAUGAUAUUCACGCACUGAUUUUGGGCAGAGCUAUCACUGGUAUACAAGCAUUUUCUUAAUUGUAAUACUCAUUUACUAUUUUGGUUUAUUUUGUAUAUGAUGUAUAAAACUUUAUUUUGUUAUCGAUAUUAAACUGUUGUAAUAA